AUGGCGGAGGAUGAUCGAGGGCGGACGUGCGCACACAUCGCAGGCUCCAGAGGCUACCUGGAGGUUCUCAAGUACCUUCAUGAAGCAUGCGGACCUGACCUCCUCCUCCGCAUCGACCAGCACGGCGCCAGCUGUGCACAUGAAGCGAGCUCUGCUGGACACGUAGAGAUUGUGAAGUACCUGCGGGAGGUAUGCGGGAAGGAGGUGCUGCUGCUCAAGGCUCCCAACGGCUCCACCUGCGCGCUGCUCGCCUCUCUCAGAGGCCACCUGGAGCUGGUCCAGCUCAUCGAGAACACGUGCGGGAUGGACGCGCUGCGGCAGAAAGACGAGGAAGGCAAGACCUGCGCGCACAUGGCGAGCAUGGGAGGGCAUGUCGAGGUCCUGAGGUACUUGGAAGGCACGUGCGGGCAGGAGCUGUCCCUCAGUAGGGUCGGCAACGGUCUCACUUGCGCCAUGCUAGCAAGCUCGGGAGGUCGGGUGGAAGUUCUUAGGUAUCUCAAGGAUACGCACGAGCUGCUCAUGGAGCAGAACCUCGUUGGCGAGACCUGCGCGCAUGCCGCAACCUCGGCCGGCCACCUGACAACGAUGACCUACCUAGAGCAGGCAUGCGGGCCAGAGAUUUUUCAGCUCCCCGAUCAUCAGGGAAGGACGUGCGCACACAUUGCAAGCGCGGAGGGGCAUGUGGAGAUAGUCAGGCUGCUGCGGGAGGCUGGUGGGCAGGAGCUGCUAGAGCAGGUGGACAAGGAGGGCAAGUCAGCUGGACAUUACGCCAGCAUGCAGGGGCAUCUUGACGUGGUCAAGUACCUCGGAGACUCCGGCGGGAAGGAGCUGCUGAUGCUGAAGGACGCCUACGGACGUACGAACGCGCACCUAGCAAGCGUUGGGGGGCAUGUGGAGGUUCUGCGGUACCUCAAGGAGGCGUGCGGUCAGGCGCUCCUGCUGGAGGUGACGGAAAAGGGCAAGACGUGCGCACACUUUGCGAGCGUGGGAGGGCAUGGCGACGUGAUCGAGUACCUGGUG